UCUGGUGGGAGCUUUUUGACGUCGUUUGCCGAGAGCGUCUUAUAUAAAGAAGCUUGGCGUCGCGGCGCUGUAUUUAUUCACUCCGUGUGCCUUCUCUUAGUAUAUAAUUAUAAAACAAUUCGCGUUCAAGUGAAUUCAACAUAUCAAAUAGUCAAUGCUGAUCAACUAGAAAAAUAAUUUAUUUAAAAAAAAAAAAAAAACAGUGACAGUAUUACUUCAUUUUUUUUUUUUACACUCAUUGUACCUGUUAAUUGUUGUUUAUUUGUUGUUGUGUUUUUUUAAUAAUUGAAGAAAAAUGUCUGAGGUGAUUGUUGAAUCUUUGGGAGAAAAAGUGGCAAUGUUUAAUCAACAUGCAAGUAAACAUGAAAGUAGUCAAGCAAAAAAUCCCUUUACUUCAGGUUUAAAUCUUGCAAAACCAACAUUUUCAAAAGAAGAAUAUGGCAGACCAGUUGCUGGAUCUCUUUCGGAUAUACGAGGUCGUAAAGCAUCAGCUCAUAUUUAUAAAGAAAUUUUGGAAUUAUGUGAAAUUAUAAAUCACGAUGGAACACCAUGUCGAGAUCAUCCUGAUGUAAUAGCAAUAACAUUUGGUGAUCUCUUCAAUAUUUAUACAUAUGUCAAUGAUAAAGUUGUUGGACUAUUGUUGAGGGCCCGAAAACAAAAACUCGUUGAAUUCGAAGGCGAAUGUUUGUUCCAGAGAAGAGACGAUAAUGUACCUAUUUUUCUAAUCAAACCAAUCAAGGAAAUUCGAGAAAUUUUCCGCCAAAGGUUGGAGGAAAUGGCGAAAGAAGUGCCAAAAAGUUAAUGAAGGCUUCAUAAUAAAAAAAAAAAGAAGAAGAAAUAAAUAAAUUUAAAAAUCUUUUAUGACAAAAGAAGAAGGGACAAAAUAACGUCGAAGAACGUUUAUUUAUUUUUUUUUAUAUAAUAAAGAAAAUAGAAUGAGUGAAAUAGAAUGAAAGUAUGAAAAUGUGUAAAUAUUUAUAUGAAAAAUCAAUUGAUAUACAUGUGAUAUAGAAUUUUAGUUUGAAUAUAAGAAGAUGGUUUUAUAAAAUUUAAGAUUACGAAAAUUAAUAAAGACAAAAAAGAUUAUCGCACAA